ACUUGAACCUGAAGUGGGACUUCAUAUAAAAGCCAAGAUGGGCGACGACAGAAAGCCAGAAUAUGAUGCAAAGUACGAAAUGACUCCUCAAUCAGAAGCCGAUCUCGAAAAAGGCAAAGUGAAGAUCACUGAUCCCAGCGAUGAGAAGAAAUCUGCCGAAGAGGAUAAUGAAUGGGGUGGCUUGAAUAAAGCCGAGUUGCUUGAAGUUGCUGACACCCCGUUCUGGAAUUGGACCCGUAACAUCUUGUUGAUUCUUUUCUGGAUUGGUGAGUGGUGAGAAAAGAGUGUUUUCUAUCGAGUUGUGCCUCAGUCAUUCAAGGAUAGCAGCGGCGAUGGUUAUGGCGAUCUCAAAGGACUGACCAAGAAACUAGACUACGUUACAGGCAUUGGUGCUGGUGUGUUGGUACUGUCUUCCAUCUACAAACAGUCUGAACAGCAACAGGACCUGGGUCAAGAGGUUGUGGACUUCACCAAUGUGGACUCCCGUCUGGGAACUCUUGAAGACUUUGAUGCCUUGAUGACCGCUGCUGAUGAUCAAGGGCUGAAAGUGAUCUUAGAAUUUGUCCCUAACCAUUCCAGUGAUGAGCAUCCUUGGUUCUUGGCCAGUCGUAACAGGAGUGGCAACUACAGCGAUUACUACGUAUGGGAAGAUUGUGAUCAAGCUAACCCACCAAAUGAUUGGCUCAACAAGUAUGAAGACUCUGCAUGGACCUAUGAUGCUGUCAGGGGUCAGUGCUUCUACCAUUACUUGACAACAGAUCAACCAGACCUCAACUACGACAACAUCAACGUCCAGAUGGCCAUUCAGGAUGCCCUCAAAUACUGGUUUGAGCGCAAGGUUGAUGGCUUCGUUUUUAGUGACGUUGAUUACAUCUAUGAAUCUGGUGAUGUCGCCACAGCCCUUGGCAAUUGUCGCCGCUGCCAAGCAGGAACUGCAAGUCCAGCUAAUUCUACAACUGUUGCAAAUCAGCCAGAACCCACCAGUGGGCCAGAACCAACCAGUGAACCAGUGCCUGCGACUCAACCAGAAUCAAAUGACCCAUCUGGAAGCCUGUCCUCAGCUACGCAAUACUCUUGUGUUGGUGAUUCAAGCCCUGGUGUCCAAGCCAAACUUCACAACCUCCUUGUUAGCUGGAGAGAAGUCUUCAACGACAAAAGCUACCUUGGAAAGUACAGGCUCAUGGUGACGGAAACCGAGAAGGCUCCCGCAGAUGCUGUCCUCCAGUUUGGCAACGGAACCCACGAAGCAGACUUAGUGAUCAACCUUGGCUUUGCUAAGGCUAUAGAUGGUGCCCCAAAAGUUGACGCUAUCCAGGGUGCUGUGGCAAGCUGGUUAGCUGCCAAGGAUGAUGAUGCUUUUGAAAACAGAUGGAAUACUUGGACACUCGGUGACGAGAGUAUGUCUCUCAUCGCUAGCCGUGCUGGAGAGCAGUAUGUACGCUCACUCAAUUUCAUUCAGCUCACCCUUCCUGGAGCACCCAUCACUUACUAUGGAGAAGAGCUUGGAGCCCUCGAUACGAGUGCCGCCGGUGAUGAUGCUUUCCGUGGACCUAUGUACUGGGCCAACUUCACCAAUGGUAAUUUCAAUGCAGCCAAUGCUACAGCCUGGCAGCCUCUGCCUACCAACCCCAAGUACAGUGUCGAGGUUCAAAGUAAUGGCAAGAAAACCUCCGAAUGCUUGAAAAGGAGCUUACUCAAAUUCACCCUCUCGUCCUUGCUAAUAAGUUGUGCGCUGUGUUUCCAUGUGUCUUGCAAAUGUUCUGGUAUCUUCAUUCCAUCAACAGUUAUGUACGGAGUCUUGUCAGUCUUAGAAGGGUUGUCUCCGGAGACAGUUUCCUGUGUAACUACCUCAGCUUUCUGA